AUGCCGAGUUUGCGGGAUGCCCAUUUCGAUUGCCAUGUUGAGGGCAAAGGCGAAAGCAACGACAAGGUCGCUGAUGCUGCCCACACAGCCGCCUUCCUCCAAGAGUGGCUCUACCUGGGACUGAUCACUUCCAUAUUCGCCAUAUGCCGCGUCACCUUCAACGGCCAUGAUCUCAUUCGAUACCCAUCGAGCUUCAGGAGGAAGAAGAAGAACAAGAACAACAGAGCCUUCGUCACGACGACAACUUUGGGUGCAAAGUUGCAGCAAUGGUAUGACCAGGAAAAGUAUGCCUCGCCCUCUGCAAAGGCAGACCACGAGCGUGACAUCAGGUACAAUUUCACACUCGUCUCGGGCCUGCUCGAGGCUUUUAACCUGAGACUAAGAACCGCUGGCAAUGACGCUCAAGCCACUUACCUGCGGAACUGUCUGCCUGGAGAAGUCGAGCUCUCCAUUGUCGUCUUGCUGGCCACGAUCCAGUACUUCCACACGGUCAUCUAUGACCCUCCGAGUAGCCUGACAGUCCCUACCUGCCCUUGGCUCUCGUCGCUGAUGGUGAGCGAAGGCUGGUGCGUAGGGCAAGUCUCCAAUCUCUGGAGGCGCCAUAGGAAUGUCUUGACCAUGUAUUACAUCAAGAUGUUGGGUCCGCCAACCGUCCAGAAGGAUCACUCCCAUUGUUCGAACCGACGGUGUAUCGCGAAUAAUGUCCUGGAAGACCAAUAUGUCACGGCGCAUUGUCCUGUAGAGCCGUCCUUUAUGCACUUUCGCGUCCCGAAAACCAUCACGAAGCGCAUGAGCUGCAGAUGCGGCGGGCACGUGGGCCCGUCGAGCGAGAAACUCGUCGCCAUAAUAGAGCAGGGAAGCAUCCCCAUUAUCUCGGUCCGCUGUCCAACCACCGCGCGGAAUGGAAAAUGGGACGAUUCUUUGGACCUCGACGUCGUUGCGUACACGGGGGCCACCCCAUAUGUUGCCAUCUCCCACGUAUGGUCCGAUGGGUUGGGAAAUCCCAGCGCCAAUACCUUGCCCUAUUGUCAGUUACGAGCUCUCAGAGCGCAACUGCAAUAUAUGAUAUUCACAAAUCCAGAGUACUUUGGCAGUGUCUUCCCGACCGGCUCGCGGAUCCGCAAGACUGCACGCCUGGAGCGGCUUUAUUUCUGGAUCGACACUCUCUGUGUGCCCGUCAACAACACGGAAAUGAGAGAAAAGGCAAUCCUGGAUAUGCGCAAUGUUUUCGCAGCAGCCUCGGCCGUCUUGGUCAAGGAUGCCGAGUUGAAUGCACAGAGCCGCUAUUGUCCUGUCGAAGAGCUAAUGGCACGGGUCUGCGUGUCCCCUUGGUGUGGAAGAUUGUGGACUCUGCAAGAAGGAGCGUUGAAUGACCAGGUCUUUGUACAGACGUCCCACAAUGAGGUUGUUCUGCUUGAUGACUUGAACGAACCGAUGCGGUCGCUUGUUCUGCUAUCAGACGAACUCCUCGACGCCGACUCGACUGACGUGUUCGACCGCGUUCCCGCGGCAUUGGAUGGCGAGAACCAUACCCCAUCGGAACCAUGGGACUUUGCGGCCAAAUUUGCGGCGUGCCCGUCGACCAUUCUUUCCAUGAACGUCCUCCCCUCCAACAUUGGACCCAGAUCCAUUUUGCAUCACAGCAAAGCAGAGUUAUUUCUGCAUGUACUGACGCAAAUACAGGGUAGGGACACCAGCAAAGCCUCCGAUGAAGCAAUAUGCUUUGCGACGUUGCUGGAUGUGGGAGUGGAAGACGUGCUCAAAGAGGAUACCUGUGAAAACAGGUGGACUGCCUUCUUGUCGGUUGUGGAGGACGUUCUUUCGGCACGGAUCAUUUUCACGACCUUACCCAGGAUGAACCGAAAGGGAUAUCACUGGGCACCACAGUCGUUUCUGAACUUUGUCGCGGGAACAGAGCUCGCAAGAAUAGUCAACGUCGACAGCUUCGACCCAGAAAGCCAUGAGCUCGACCGCGAUUCGGACCUGGAUGAGCCUUUUCCCACGCAACGUGUUCGAAGACCGGUCCGCAUCAGUAAAGGCGGCCUCGUUGUCGAGUUCCCUGGGUUCACAUUUCAGUCACUCGCCAAUGCUUUGUCCCCAGAGUUUUGUUUUACAGCGGAAAACGGCCAUGCGACUUAUUGGUGUAUGACAGAGUAUUCCCGACCCCAUUUCGAAGCAUACUUUGAAGGAUCUGUAGUUCUGCCCGAACAGUCAUGGGAUGUCGUGAAGCCUGGACCGUCUUCGCGGUUGUCUCUCGUGCUCGAGGACCAUUUCUCGGACGCUGCUGCCCCGGUCAGGGGAGCGCUGCUGACGGCUUGCAGUGACGAGGGUAAUGUGGUCCAAGGAACGUACUUGUGUCUUGUUCUCGUCGUCCGAACCACGAGCAGCUAUCGGCCGCCGGACUUCGAACUGACCAAGGAGAAGUUGAGUCAAGAUGCUGAGCACGCCCAGUGGGAUCUUGCCAUUGACUCCAAGUUGGGCAGGAGGGAGGAGCAAGAGUGGUGCAUCGCGUAA